AUGCUGCGGCUGGUGGUGGAGUCAGCCAAAAUUGAUCCACCUCUGACUCCAGAGCCCAGACUCUGCGUGACCUUCUACUUCAGAGAUGCCAAGAAGAGAACCUCAGAGGUGGAAGGGAAUAACCCCGUAUGGAAUGAGACCCUAGUCUGGCACCUUAAGGACUACCCCUUGCAAAAUGACUCUUUCCUGCAAGCUAUCCUUCGGAACACAAGCUCAGUGAAGAGUGAAAGAUUUAUUGGCUCAGCCGUAAUACUGCUCAAGCCUUUGGUGAAGAAACCAGAUAAGGUCCUUUACCUGAAAGACCUGCCCCUGAUCAGCCAAUAUAUGACGGUCUCAAACUGCACCAUCUCCUUGUAUGUGACUUACUCGUUCAAGCAGCAUUUUGAGAAGAUAGGGAAUGAAGACCUCCUGGGCUUAGCCACUCGCGAAGUGGCCAAGCAAUAUGUGACGUUCCCCAGAUCCUCCAUGCCCAAGGCCCUGUCCUCUAAACCACAGCACUUCCAGGUCCGAGUCAAGGUGUUUGAAGCGCGACAGCUCCUGGGUAAUGACCUCAAGCCUUUGGUGAAGGUGGUCAUCGGAAGGCAGAUAUUCCACACGCGCAUCAAGUUAGGAAACAACCCUUUCUUCAAUGAGGUCAGGAUAUUUUUCCAGAAUUUUUAUGAAGUUCCAGCAAAGUUCUUCGAUGAGCCCAUAUUAAUACAGACAGAUAUUGGGUUUAUCUACAAUUCUCCAGGUCACAUGCUCCUGAGGAAGUGGCUAGGUCUCUGCCAGCCACAGAAUCCCACCUCUGGCUUGCAAGGCUACCUGAAGGUCACCAUCUGUGCCCUUGGCAUAGGAGACCAGGCCAUGGUAGAUCAAAGGAUGCUCUAUGAGACUGAUGACACUGACGCUAACAUCUUCAGCUCAUCGGUGGUACCAAUCAACUUCUUCUACCUGGAGUUCAUGAUUUACUGCGCAGAAGAUCUGCACCUCAGUUAGAAGCUGGAGGCAGGUCAGUUAGUGAGUCCCAGGUUGGAGGUGGAAAUGUUUGGAGAAAAGCUCAUGACCAGGGUGCUGAGCAAAACCGAGAACCCGAUAUGGAACCAAAUCCUGGUCUUCCAGAUUCAGAUGCCCUGUCACUCCAGCUACAUCAAAUUCAGAGUCCUGGACUGCCCCGGCAUCAAGACACAGCGAGAGAUCGGAACUGUCAGGCUAUACCUCAACCAGAUCUCCUCUACCGGAGCAGAGCUAGAGGGAAUGUACUCCGGCUUCUUACCCUGCUUCGGCCCCGGUUUCCUGAUUCUCCACGGGGGUGAAAAGGCCCCUUUCAGGAUCCAAGAAGAAGGCGCUACUCUGCCCAGCUCUGUUAAGGAUGGGUUGGCUUAUCGAGGCCGAGUCUUCCUGGAGGUGAUAGCACGCAAGACGGCCCGACGAAACCCUCAUAUGAAUGAUCUCUCCUUAGAAGUGACUAGAAUGGAGAAACAGCAGAACCGCCAAAAGUAUGGGCUAUGUGUCAUCUUUCUUUCCUGUACCAUGAUGCCCGACUUUAAGGACCUGAUCCAAUUCGAGGUCACCAUCGGCCACUAUGGAAACAAGAUGGACCUGAGCUACAAGCCUCUGGUCUCAACCACACAGUACAGCCCAGUGAUCUAUGACGGGACUCUCUACCACUAUGUGCCUUGGUACAACACUAAGCCGGUGGUGGCCGUGACCUCCUUCUGGGAGGACAACAGCUUUCGGAUGAGUACCCUCAACCUUCUCCACUUCGUGCGGGACCGCCUGAAAGCCAAUCUGAACAAUUUGAAGUCCAUAAGGAACCCCAAAGACCCAGCUCUGCUCUCUCAGUGGAAGAAACUGCUGGCGGAGCUGGAGGAGGACUGCAAGCACCCACUGCCCCAAGUGCCUCAUGACUCCAAAAGCACGGAGCUGGACAAGAAGAGAGGGCAGCUCCGGAGCCUCCUCUUGCAGGAGCUGGCUCAGAAGAGCAUGACGGCCCAGCCCAGGGACAUGGUGGCCACCGUGGAGGGCUGGCUCUUCCGCCUCAACAGUGUGCUCCCAGAGCCCCAGCAGAGCAUCCCCGACGUGAUGAUCUGGCUGGUGUCCAAGCAGCAGCGUGUGGCCUUCGCACAGGUGCCCGCCCACUCCAUCCUCUUCUCCCCAGCAGGGGCGCGGCGCUCCGGCCGGUUCUGCGGAAGGACACAGAACCUCUUCCUGCAGUACCCCGAGGAUAAAGGACAGAGGGACACUAUGCCGGGCUACCUCCGAGUCUGCAUGUGGCUGGGCAACGUGAUGGACAGCAAGAAUCUGCAGCUGCUACACAAGGGCGAAGUGGUGGUGUACGCAGAGACGUAUGAGAACGAGGCCAUGUUCAGAGGACAGUGGGGAAAAGAGGGGCUGUACCACUGCCCCAACUUCUCAGAUGUCCUGUGCAAGAAGGCCCUGCCCAAGGAGAAUUUCAAGACACCCCAGGGAUGGCAGUGGCAGGGGCAGUGGAGAGUGGAGCCUCAGAGGAGACUUCUCCUCGACAUAGACAUCAACAAGAGCCAGGUGGUGGAGGAAGUGUAUGAGAACCAGCACCGGGAUGCCACGGGUGCCUGGGUGCCUGCAGCCGUCCCCAACACCGAUGUGGACGGACAGCCUGUGGAGACCUGGCAGAACAUGAAGUGCCCAGAGGGCUGGCACAUCAAGAAGAACUGGACGGUGGAGCUGAACCAUGCAGUGGACAAUGAGGGCUGGGAGUACGGAGUGGGGGUCCCACCAUCGGGCCAGCCCCGCAUCUGGAACUCAGUGGAGAAGACCUACUGCUCAUGUCGCCGGCGCCGCUGGGCCCGGGUGCGCCUGCGGGACCACAGGAAGCUGAGCCCUGAGCAGGAGACACUCUCUUUUCUGCAGCUGCCCAGGCCAGAAGAGGACUGGGAGUAUAGCAACGUCGUGGGCUCCAAGUACCAGCUGGACCCUCAGCCCAAGAGCCGCUUCCGCCGCCGCUGCUGGCACCGCAGCAUGGUGCCCAACAAGAAAUCGAGAGUCGCACCCAUCUUCCUGCUGGAGGGAUCCUUGGCUUUGGAUCUGAACCAGAUGGCUGAGGAAGAGAAGAAAGUGGCAGAGGCCAGCCUUUCCAGAACGAGCAGCUUCGCCUUUUCAAUUCGGUCAGAACCCGAGCAGCCAGUCAACCUGCCCUUCAUCUACUGUGUCUUCGACGAGCCCAACUACUACCAGCUUUUCUGCUAUAUCUACCAGGCCCGGAGCCUGAUCUCCACCAACAUCCUGACCUUCCAGGGGCCCUUCGUCCGGGCGGUCUUCCUCAACCACAGCCAGUGCACGCAGACACUGAGCAGCUCCACCGUGCCCACGUGGGCCCAGACGCUCAUCUUCCACCACCUGCUCCUGAACGAGAGCCCCCGGGACACCCAGGAGAGCCCCCCACUCGUGAUUCUGGAGCUGUGGCAGCAUGACUCCCAGGGCAGGGAAAGCUUGUGGGGACGGAGCAUGUGUGUCCCGAAGGUUUGGCUGGAUGUCCAAAACAGGAUCCUGUUUCCCAUGAGGUGGUGUCCACUCAUCAAUAAGCUGGGGGAGGAAGAGGGCGAGAUCCUGGCCUCCUGUGAGCUGUUCUUGGAGACAGAGAAACUCAAACAGAAACUGCCCAUCUUCAAUAUUCCCUGGAAGAAUGGGGUCUACACUCUCCCCAGGAACAUCCAGCCUGCGAUGAAGAAAAUGGUUAUUGAGAUUCUGGCCUGGGGCCUCCGGAACCUGAAGGAUGCGGGCUCCCCCCAGCUCCUUGUGGAGUGCUGGCAGGAGACCCUGCAGACACGGCCCAUCCCCAACUUCCAGACCAACCCCAACUUCAAUGAGCCCAUCCUCUUCCUCAUGCUGUUCAUGCCCAUGGAGGAGUCCUACAUGACGCCCCUCACGCUGAAGGUGCUGGACACCCAGAAGUACGGCCAGCGCAGUGUGGUGGGUCAGGCCACAAUCAGCUCCCUCCAACCCUACAUCUGCGAUCCUUGGGCUGCUGACUCCGUGACCCCAAAGCUCCCAGGUACGCUCCUCGGCUACUUCUAUGAGAAGUUUUGGUCGAAGGCCAGCAAAGCCCAGGACAAUUUCGAGUACGACGUAGACUGGUGGAGCAAGCUGUUCUGGGCCACAGGGAUGGGCCAGCAGACCCCGGAGUACAAGUACAAAGACUUCUUCACCCUUCAGGUGUACGACUGUGAGCUAGAGGCGGUGCCUGCCUUUCAGGGCCUGCAGGACUUCUGCCAGACCUUCAAACUCUACCAGGAGGAGCCCAAGGCCGACAGCCCUGCCGUGGGGGAGUUCAAGGGCCUUUUCCGUAUCUACCCCAUUCCGGAGGACCCCAAAGGCCCCAGGCCCCCCCGCCAGCUCCGAUUCCAGCCCGACAAGGAGGAUUUCCCCCAGGAGUGCCUGGUGCGGGUGUACAUCGUCCGGGCCAUCAACCUGCAACCCCAGGACACCAAUGGUCUGUGUGACCCUUACGUGAUCCUGAAACUGGGAAAGAUGGUACUGGGCACGCGAGACAAAUACCAGCCCAACACCCUGGACCCCAUCUUCGGCACGAUGUUUGAGCUGAACUGCACCAUCCCCCUGGAGAAGGACCUGGAGAUCCAGCUGUACGACUUUGACCUGUUUUCCCCCGAUGAUAAGAUCGGAACCACCAUCAUCGACCUGGAAAACCGACUCCUGUCUGGCUUUGGAGCUCGCUGUGGGAUCCCCAAAUCCUACUGCCUGUCGGGGCCCUUCCAGUGGCGUGAUCAGGUGCCCCCCACUGUCCUCUUGGAGCAGCAUGCCAGGCGGAAGGGGCUGUCUCGGCCCGUGUUCAACAUGGAAGAGGACUUGGUGGUUUACAGCGGAACAGUGUUCAAGCUGAAGCACUUUGAGCCGAAGACCCCUAGUCUGCCUUAUCUGGGGCCGAAGAAAGAACGCCUAGCCCUGCACGUCUUGCGCCUGCAGGGGCUGGUCCCCGAGCACGUGGAGACCCGCACGCUGUACUCGGAGAGCCAGCCGGGCAUCGACCAGGGAAAGGUGCAGUUGUGGGUGGACCUCUUCCCCAAGAAGCUUGGGCUUCCUGGUCCUCCCAUCAGCAUCAGUCCCAGAACUGCUAAGAGGUACGAGCUGCGCUGCGUUAUCUGGGAAACGGCCGAGGUAGAGCUGCAGGACAUCAGCAGAAUGAGUGACAUCUACAUCAAAGGGUGGUUAUUUGGGCUGGAGAAGGACAUGCAGAGUACAGAUAUCCACUACCAAUCCCUGGGGAAAGCCGACUUCAACUGGCGCUUCAUCUUCCCCUUUGACUACCUGCCAGAGGAGCAAAUGUGCGUCCUAAGCAAGAAGGAUUAUGUCUGGAGCCUGAACCCCACAUCACAAAAGUUCCCAGCCCGGCUCAUCAUCCAGGUCUGGGACAAUGACAUCAUCUCUGCUGAUGACUUCCUAGGGAUGCUGGAGCUGAAUCUCUCCAACAUGCCAUUCCCAGCCAAGAAAGCCAUGCAGUGCUCCAUCAGGUUGAUGGAAAGUGACCCCGUAUGGCCCUACUUCCAACCUGAACGCUUCUCCCUCUUCAAGAAGAAGACUGUGACUGGCUGGUGGCCAUGUCAGGCCCUUAAGGGAGAUAAAUGGUACAUGUCGGGCAAAGUAAAGAUGACACUGGAGGUGCUGACAGAGAAGGAUGCUUUACUCAAGCCCACAGGCCGAGGCCACUCAGAGCCCAACCAGUAUCCUACACUCUAUCCUCCCGUGCGGGCCUCCAGCUUCAUCAGAUGGCUUCGGGCACCUUUUCGAACUCUUAACUAUGUUUUGUGGAGACGUUACCGAUACAAAUUCUUGAUGACCUUGGUCCUAUUGGUUAUAGGGCUUUUGCUAUUCAACUUUAUCUAUUCUACUCCGAACUAUUUGGCCAUGUCCUGGAUCAAACCUGAACUCCGGAUGAUUAGCUCUGCUAACCUAGAAAAUAGUGGGCCAGGGUCUCUUCCGUCCUCUGCAGCCAGCAUGUGA